AUGUGCGAAAACAUCCAAAACAAAGAAGACGAGUCGUCGCCAGGAUAUCGCGACUCACGUGACCUUAGAAACAUUUGCUUCUUCUUCAUUUCUGCCUGUUUUGAAUUUGUUGCUGCUCCUUCUUCAAUCGGAGAAUUGCAUGGCCAUUCCGGAAUUGGCCGGCUUCUGUUAUUCUACACCCGUGCAUUGUGCGGUCUUGUAGACCAAAAUAAUGGAAUUGGAGUAGCAAAUGCUGGAGUUGUCUAUUUUAACAACAGACUUUUAGCAAUGUCCGAAGAUGAUUUACCAUAUCAAAUUAGGGUUACUCCUUCUGCGGAUUUACAAAUUGUAGAGAGAUAUUCCUUUAAUGGAGAAUUGAAUUCUACAAUGAUAGCUCAUCCCAAAGUUGAUCCAGUUUCCGGUCAAAUGUUUGCUUUGAGUUAUGAUGUAGUUAAGAAACCUUAUUUAAAAUACUUUUAUUUUAACCCAGAUGGGACUAAAUCCCCAGACGUUGAAAUUGAUUUUGAAGCACCAACAAUGAUGCAUGAUUUCGCAAUCACUGAGAAUUUUGUCAUAAUUCCUGAUUCUCAAGUUGUGUUUAAGCUUCAAGAAAUGAUUCGAGGUGGUUCCCCUUUUGUUUUUGAUAAAGAAAAGGUUUCCAAGUUUGGGAUUCUUCCCAAAUAUUCAUCUUCUUCAGAUGAAAUUCAAUGGGUAGAUGUUCCGGAUUGUUUUUGCUUUCAUCUAUGGAAUGCUUGGGAAGAACCCGAAUCUGAUGAGGUUGUUGUAAUCGGGUCUUGCAUGACUCCGGCUGACUCCAUUUUCAAUGAAUGUGAUGAGAAUCUUUCCAGUGUGUUGUCUGAAAUCCAGUUAAACAGAAAAACCGGAGUUUCAACCCGGAGAGAAAUUCUUCAAAAUUCAGAGAAAAUGAAUUUAGAAGCUGGGAUGGUGAAUAAGAAGAAACUUGGGAGGAAAACCCAGUUUGCUUACCUCGCCAUUGCUGAACCAUGGCCGAAGGUUUCGGGUUUUGCCAAGGUUGAUUUAAUUAAUGGAGAAGCUAAGAAAUUCUGUUAUGGGGAUUUUCGAAUGAAGAAGGAGCAGCAACAGAUUCAAAACAGGCCGGAAUGAAGAAGAAGCAAAUGUUUAUAAGGUCACGUGACUGUCACGUGACUGUCAAUGGUUAAGUUAAACGGUCAAACGGUAAAAAUUGUUAUAAGGUAGUAUUUUGCAAAGAAAUGUAUUAUAUAAGGUAGUUUUUUUAGAUAAGUUAGUUUUUUGAAAAUAGUAAUAAACUCUAAACAUUAUAAAGACAUGUUUUUGAAAAUAUAAGCUCUUGUGUGUAUUAAUGUAUUUCCUUCAA